CGAACACAAUAUCUGUGCAACUCGACAGAAUAUAUUAAUGAAAACGUUCCAGUGAAAAGUCCCGACAGCGUUUUAUUUUAUAUAAUGUUCACGAUAUUAGCACCCAUAUGCUGAUAGCGGACACUUGUCGUGGUCCAGGUCCGGUGUUGUGCCAGAAAUCAGAUCUGUAGGUGGUUCUUCCUCUUCUCCGCCGGCUGUUGCUUCAGUCAUACUUUCACAAAAAACUCGGCCGGUUGUAAUAAAGGAUCAAAUUGAUGCCAUCACAUUUGUUUACACCACCCAGUCGUGCGCGCUCACUUUUAAUAAACAGUUUUAUAUAGAAAAGUUAAAGAUGGAUUUUAACGUGAAGCGACUGGCAGCGGACGCUGGUACUUUAUUCAGUCGGGCAGUGCAAUUCACAGAAGAAAAAUUCGGCCAGGCUGAGAAGACUGAGUUGGAUGCACAUUUGGAGAAUCUCCUCACCAGAGCUGAAAGCACUAAACACUGGACAGAGAAGAUUUUGAAGCAGACAGAAGUGUUACUGCAACCAAACCCAAAUGUCAGAAUAGAAGAAUUCUUAUAUGAAAAACUGGACAAAAAGGUGCCAACACGGAUAAACAACCAUGACCUUCUGGGUCAGACCAUGAUAGACUCUGGGACUGAAUUUGGGCCUGGAACGGCUUAUGGAAACGCUCUGAUAAAGUGCGGUGAGACAGAGAAGCAGAUCGGAGGAGCAGAGCGAGAGUUCAUUCAGAGCUCUGCCAUCAAUUUCCUCACGCCUUUCCGCAACUUUUUAGAAGGAGACUUCAAGACUAUAUUGAAAGAGCGCAAACUGCUUCAAAACAAACGACUGGACCUUGAUGCUGCAAAGACCAAGCUAAAGAAAGCCAAAAUGGCUGAUGCCAGAGCCUUGCCUCUCAGAAGUACCCCUCCACCAGGGGUCGCUGGCUAUGUUGCCAAUUUCUCCUUCAUUGUGAAUUUCCUCUAUGUGAAGGGGCUGAAGUUGUAUUUAAGUGAAACAUUCCCUGACUAUCGCUCUCUCUUUCAGGCUGAGCAAGACCUGAAGAUGACACAGAGUGAGUUUGACAGACAGGCAGAGAUCACCAGGCUUCUUCUGGAAGGAAUCAGCAGUACGCAUGCCCAUCAUCUCCGCUGUCUCAAUGACUUUGUGGAGGCUCAGAUGACAUAUUACGCCCAGUGUUACCAGUACAUGGUCGACCUCCAAAAGCAGUUGGGAAGCUUCCCUUCGGCUUUCUCUUCCAACAACAACCAGUCAACAGCCAGCGCCGCAGCCAGUAUCUCUGUACCCAUCCUGCCGCUCUCAGCCCCUCUUCCUGCCACCACAACCAAUGCGUCUUCAGGUUACACCGAGCUGCAAAACUUCAGCGGGAGCCGUAAAGCACGGGUGCUGUACGAUUAUGAUGCUGCAGGCAGCAACGAGCUCUCCUUAUUGGCCGAUGAGGUGAUCAUGGUGAGCAGCGUUCCAGGCAUGGACUCUGAUUGGCUGAUGGGUGAACGUGGAAAUCAGAAGGGAAAAGUGCCUAUUACUUAUUUGGAGCUACUAAAUUGAGAGGAAAAAAAAAAACAAGUGUUGUUGGAAACAGAAA